AUGGCUAAAGAUAAGAAAAAACAAAAAAAACCCUCCAAAAAAACACCAGCACCUUGCCCCUUAUCAACAAAAGUAACAGUGAAAAAAGAAAUAAAGAAGGAAAAGAAAACGGGAAUUAAAGAUAACCCUUUAAUUUUUGAAAAAAAAAAGAGAAGCAAUAUUAUUGGUGUUGGAGUACGUCCAAAAAAAGAUUUAUCGAAAUAUGUUAAAUGGCCAAGAUAUAUAAGAAUACAAAGAAAGAAAAAAAUUUUAUUACAAAGAUUAAAGGUUCCCCCUUCAAUUAACCAAUUUAACCACACACUUCCUAAGAGUCAAACACAAGAUUUAUUGAACUUUUUAAAGGCUUAUAAACCUGAAUCCAAAACCGAUAAAAAACAGAGAUUGUUAAAUAAAGCUAAAGAGGCUUUAAACAAAAACAUUACAAAAGAUAAAAAGCCACUAUUUCUUAAAUACGGAAUAAAUCAUAUUACCAAAUUAGUUGAGAAUAAAAAGGCUAAUCUUGUUGUUAUAGCUAAUGAUGUAUCCCCAAUUGAAUUAGUUUUAUUUCUUCCGGCCUUAUGCAGAUUGAAGGAAGUACCUUACUGUAUUGUUAAAGACAAAGCUACCUUAGGAAAGCUUGUACAUAAAAAAACAGCAACUGCAGUAUGUCUUGAAAAUGUAAAAAAAGAAGACCAAGAAAAAUUAGACUACUUCGCAAAAGUUUGUAAAGAAAACUUUAACGAUAAUGUUGAUUUGAGAAGAAAAUGGGGAGGACAAAAAAUGAGUGCUAAAUCGAUGUUAUUGAAAAAAAUGAAAGAUAAAGCAAGAAAAAUUGAAGAAGCCAAAAAGAAGGAAAUAUCUGCAAAAUUAUAA